AUGGCGUCCGCGGAGUCGGUGUGGAGGAGCCUGCAGAGGGGUGAAAAUCUAUCCAAGUUUGUUCCCACGCUCUUGGUGUCCAAGCUCGGACCGAAGCAGUACGGUUCGACGGAGACGGAGGUGCGUUUACUGGCGUUAGACUACACACUGUUCACGCCGAGAAUGCUGAACACGGUGAGCGUGAGGAUCGUGGACAAGUCCAAGGCUUUCGUGGCGCGCAACGUGGACGAGAGGAGUGACUUCACGCUAGUCGGUUCGUUUUGUAUCUUUCCAAUUUUUGGCGAGUCGUAUAAGUGUCGCAUUGAGUAUCGGGCCGAACUCAAGCCGCUGAAUUACACAGUUCCGAGCGCGCUCUUGCGGAGAGCCGUGGAGGAUAGCAUACCGUUCGUAAUAGCGAGCCUCACGAAGCAGGCUGUGAAGAAUGACCAAAGAAGACUGCGGUCACCGGCAAUUUUUGCAGAGCUCGAAACGUCACCGUUCUCCACAUCGAAGGAGCUCGCACCGAAACCGACAGAUUCACUCACACCCUCGGGUUAUCUUGGUUUAAGCGAGGUAAGCGUACCAUCGUCGAAUGUAGAUUCGAGUCAAGACGAAGAAACGACGGCCAGUACCGUGCGCAUGCGUCCACGGGGAGAGCAGGGCAUCACUCCGAAAGCAAAUGUUCCCAAGAGCUGGCGAGCAAUUGGUGGGGGCUCUCCUGGUGAGAAAUGGUUCUCGAGCGACAUCACUACGUUUGAGAACCCAGGCGCACUCGAGGUUCACAUGCGUCGAUACGACACCGAGAGUUUACUGCACAGGCGAGCUCUAGCGGCGGUUCGCGUAGAGGCUCCUCCGGCGCUCAUUUGGGAUUUGCUGACGACAUAUGAAAACAUGCCCCAGUAUGUCCCUCAUCUCAUGCACGUCGAGUUCAUUCAACGCUAUAAUGCGAAAAUCAAUCCAAGCGAAGGCGAGGACGUGAAGAGAUUGCGUUUGAGACACGUCUUCGUGAAAUGUGAGCUCUUUCACGCGGUUGAGGAGGCAGUGGGCAUGGACGUGGUGCAAAAGGAUGAUCGCACGGAGUUGCAGUUUCGAAUCUUGCAAAAUCCAAAGUUCGGCGCACUCCAAGGGAAGUGGCUCGUCGUUCCCACGGAGGAUUCCAAAGCAUCCGUGUUGAAGUUCGCCAUCGAGGGCGUGGUUAGACGUGAGAACGACAUGGGAGCUAAAGUCUUGGACCCACUCAACGAGCGCAUAGUGUUCGAGGAAAUUUCCACCAUGCUCAAACAGGCGAGAGAUUUCAUGGAGAACAUCGCGAACAUGGAGGUCGAGUCGUUUGGAAGUGUUAACAUAAAAAUUGCCGAUCUCGUGCUCAAGGGAGAGGGGAUGUCAGUGGACGAAGAGGACAUAGUGGAAGAGCAGACGUCCGGGACACUCUCGUCCUCGGUCGUCAAGCGUCGCUCAGAAGACUCUGAGGAAAUGUUGCGCGCUCUUAGAGAAGAGCUCAUCGGUCUCGGCUUUGGCGAGGAUGGUUUGAUGCCAACGCGAGAACAACUUCGCGCAGGGCGUCAUUGGGUGGCGAUUGAGAAGAUAGAGAGUCUUGGAGGCUUUGUCCGAGUGGCUCAAAAAAUGGAUUGGACAGGUGCUAAGACGCGUCCUCGCGGAUACUGGAGUCUGAACACGCUGGAACUGGAGAUAAAUGAAUUUAUCGCUAACUCCGAUGUUCCGAGCGUGCGAGAAAACCCUGGCGUCAUGCCGUCUCAGAAAGUUUUUCGAGAAGCUGGUCGAGCGGACAUCGUCAACGCACUGAAGCGUUUUGGCGGCGCGGGCAAAGUCGCGACGCGCAUGAACCUCGAGUUCAAGAGAGCGAGCAAGCCAACAAGAAAAUAG